AUGCCUUCGAAACUGAAAAUCACUCCACGUUAUUCAAACGAACGUGGUCUUGCUGAUCAUGGUUGGCUACAUUCAUAUCACACUUGGUCAUUUGAUUCUUACUAUGAUCCUCAUUAUCCAAAUGGUUUCGGUUGUUUACAUGUUCUUAAUGAAGAUCGUGUUGAGCCAAAAAAAGGUUUUGGCACACAUUUUCAUCAAGAAUAUGAAAUCUUUUCAUAUAUCGUCGAUGGAGAACUUCAACACAAAGAUUCUAUGGGUAAUACAGAGAUUAUACAUCGUGGUGAAAUACAAUUUACAUCGGCUGGAACAGGUAUUCGUCAUUCAGAAUAUAAUGAAAACAAUUCAUUAUGGGUUCAUUUUAUUCAAAUAUGGGUUAAGCCAAAUAAAUCAAAACUACAACCAUCAUAUGUGACAAAAAAAUGGUCAGAUGAAGAGAAAUUGAAUAAGCUUUGUCUAUUAAUCGACGAUAUUGAAAAUUCGAAUAAUACUUCUAUUGCAAUUCAUGCACCAAUAUCAAUGUUUGCGAGUAUUUUACAGCCAAAUAAAUCUGUAAAACAUAUCUUUGCCAAAACAAAAGGAUACAUUCAUUUGAUCAUGCGUAGUGGAUAUGUAACACCUUAUAAAAAUAAUGAAGAGAAGAGUGGUGCAAAAAUUCGAAUUGGACAAGAUAUUAUUUUGGAAGAAGGUGAUGGAGCAUUUAUCAACUGCGAACAGGUUCCUGCCGAACUAUUAAUUGAAAGUAUUGGAGAAAUAAAUGCCGAGUUUUUAUUAUUUGACCUUGAAUAA